AUGCCGGCCGAAAGGCGUUCUCUUCGAUCAAACAACAAAUCUGACGCUUCUUCAUCUGCUAACGGUGAAAAGGCACACUCGAACUCCCAGAGCUCGAGUGCUAAAGACAAGGCCGCGCCGACUACCCGCGCCGCCGCCAACAAGGCCAAAGCAGCCCCGGCUAAGAAAGGCGCCGCCAAGGGCGCGAACAACGGAAUGGAGGAGAAUGACCAGUCGCACGCCAACGGAUCCAAGUCGACCGAGAAUGGUGUGAAUGGUUCUGAGGAUGUUGAGAUGGGAGAGGAUACGGCAGGUGCGCCUAAAUCCUCAUUCAACACCCGCAAGGACCGGAAUGGUGACGAGAAGAUGACUGUUGUAGUGCCCCCAACCAAGGGUUCCAGAUCAUCCAACAAGGCAGGACAGGACAAGGACGAGGACGUGACGAUGGAGGGCUCGGAAGAUGACGAUGCUGAGAAGACCGAGCCCGAGGUCGACCCAACGACCAAAGCCAUCCAAGACAUCAAGACCAACUUCACCCUGCUCGACCGAGCCGUAGCCCACUUCGAUCCCCGAUUCACCCUACGUGUCCUACGCUCCAUAUCGUCGAUGCGGAAAUACAUCACCCCGGAGGUCCUCGCCGAAGUGAUCGUGGACACAUACCCGGAAUCCAGUGAGACGGCAUCAUUUUUGCUGGAGGCCAUUGGCCAGGCUGGUGCUUUCGAGGGUGUCCAGGAAGCUUCAAAGAUGGAGGUGGACUCUGAGAAGAAUAAGACAGUGCCGAAGGAGAUUCUCCCCGAGGUGGACGCGUACUUGUCUAUCUUGGUACAGAUUUAUCUCUUCGACCAGCGACAAAUCCAGAAGGGUGCCGAGUUCUCGACUAGCCUGAUUGAACGCCUUCGGACUUUGAAUCGCCGCACCCUGGAUUCUCUUGCCGCUCGUGUGUACUUUUAUUAUUCUCUAUUCUUUGAGCAGAUCGCUCCGCUCCCUCCAUCUCCCGCAGCUGCCGUCACCACUAUUCGGCAAACAUUGUUGACAGCUCUGCGGACAUCUGUUCUCCGGAAGGAUGUCGACACGCAGGCUACCGUCAUGACUCUGCUGCUCCGCAACUACCUGUCAACUUCCCAUAUCACCCAGGCAGAUCUUUUGAUCUCGCAUAACCGGUUCCCUGCCGCUGCUUCCAACAAUCAGAUUGCCCGGUAUCUAUACUACCUCGGCCGUAUCCGUGCCAUUCAACUGCAGUACACCGAGGCCCACAGCCAUCUGAUCGGGGCCACCCGCAAGUCUCCUACCAGCCAUAGUGCCCGUGGAUUCUACCAGGCCUCCCACAAGCUGCUCGUUGUUGUGGAACUUUUGAUGGGUGACAUCCCGGAUCGUUCUGUCUUCCGUCAGCCCGCCCUUGAGAAGGCCAUGCACCCAUACUUGCUGCUCGCGCAGGCUGUCAGUGUUGGAGACUUAGAUGGCUUCUUGAACAUCGUCAACACUCACAGUUCCACCUUCCGGAAGGACGGUACCUACACUUUGAUCCUUCGUUUGCGGCAGAACGUGAUCAAGACCGGUAUUCGUAUGAUGUCCUUGUCUUACUCGCGUAUUUCCCUACGGGAUAUCUGUCUUCGUCUGGGUCUUGAUAGUGAGGAGUCAGCUGAAUACAUUGUGGCCAAGGCCAUCCGCGAUGGCGUCAUUGAGGCUACAUUGGACCACGAGCACGGCUUCAUGAAGAGCAAGGAGGUUGGUGACAUUUACGCUACCCGGGAACCUGGCGAGGCGUUCCAUGAGCGCAUUCGCGCCUGUCUUACCCUUCAUGAUGAAAGUGUUAAGGCUAUGCGCUUCCCCAUGAACCAGCAUCGCUUGGAGCUGAAGAGUGCCCAAGAGGCACGAGAGCGAGAGCGUGAGUUGGCCAAGGAGAUUCAGGAAGGAGACAUGGACGAUGAGGAUGCUGGCGGUGACUUCGAUGCCAUCUAA